GUGUAUUGUACGUACCUCGGUGCCGCUUCCCUCUGUGGUCCUGCUCACCACAAUGGCCAGGCUCGUCUGAAGGAGCCUCCUCUGUCAGUACCUCCCGUACAGACAGACGCGCCUUACAGCAGCAGCAGCAGGGGUGGAGGACUGACUGGCACCGAGACGCGCGUCUGAGACUAUGACACACAUCUGAAGGAAGCAAAGGUCAAUGUGGCUACCAAAGAAGCUCUCUGGGAUUGUUGUCAGUCGUCGUGGAUUCCUGAGGCUUGUCUCUAUAGCAACCCAUUCCUCCUCCUGAGUACUGCUGCCAACUAACCCUGUCUGCCUCACCACCAGUCUCUCCUCGCCCCCCUGGCCAAUCGCCGGCUCUGAACUACGUUGGAAUGGACACUGAAUCGACUCACUCGGGCUACUCCUACCACUCCAGCCGCUCCGGGAGGUCAAACCGCCAUGGAGAUCGAAGCCGUGAGCGACACAAGGCCAGUAGUAAAGACAGCAGCCGCUCAGAAAGGUCUGUCGUCAUCAACCCCCCUGACACGCCUUCCCAGGAGUCCCCUGUUCACAAUGGAGAACCUCUGCCUGGGGAACCCACACCAGCAGAACAUGGAGAAGACACCCAGGAUGACAACUGGGGGGAAACUACCACAGCUGUGACCGGCACCUCAGAGCUCAGUAUUUCCCAGGAGGAGGUGGUCGGUUUGGGGAAAGGGAUCCAAGACCGGACCCAAGACUUUCGCCGUUACCUCCCCCUGGCCGUGGGCGUGUUUGUGGGGCUGCUGAUGGUGGCCACGCCGCUGGUCUUCCUGCUUCUCCCCGCUGUAAUGUGGCCGGACAGACUACAGGCUUGUGGCGCUGCUUGUGAAGGCCUCUUCCUCUCCAUCGCGUUCAAGCUCCUCAUCUUACUGCUGGCCAUCUGGGCUCUGUUUCUUCGACCAGGCCGAGCCAGUCUGCCCAGAGUGUGUGUGUACCGUGCCUUUCUCACCACCCUCACACUCCUGCUCACCAUGUCCUACUGGCUCUUCUAUGGGGUUCGAAUCCUGGAUGCACAGGAUGAGGACUACCAUGGUAUUGUCCAGUUUGCCGUCUCCCUGGUGGACUCCCAGCUCUUCGUCCACUACCUGGCUGUGGUGCUGCUGGAGCUCCGCCACCUCCAGCCCUGCUACAGCGUAUGCGUCAUUCGUUCCACAGACGGAGAAACACGCCAUUACAACAUAGGACAGCUCAGCAUUCAGAGGGCUGCUCUGUCCAUUUUGGAAUAUUACUACCGAGAUUUUCCUCUGCAUAACCCAGCACUCCUGUCUGCCUCAAAACACCGUGCUGCCAAACACCUGGCCGGGUUAAAGGUGUACAACGUAGAUGCUGCAGCCCCGGGGAACACAGCAGGGGCACAGCCCAGUAAUGGGAAUCAGUCACGGGCAAUGGUUGCAGCUGCCAACAAACGCAAAGACAGCGCCCAUAAUGAGCUGUACUACGAAGAGGCUGACUACGAGAGAAGAGUCCGCAAACGCAGAGCCAGGCUUGUGGUGGCUGUGGAGGAAGCAUUCACUCAUGUCCGGCGCAUGAAGAAGGAGGAUGAGCGUGCCACCCCGUCUGACAUCAUGGAUGUGCGCGAAGCCGCUCUGGCUGUAUUUCCUUCUAUGGCGCGUGCCUUGCAGAAAUACCUCCGAACCACUAGGAGGCAGCACUGCCAUAGCAUGGAGAGCAUCCAGAAGCACCUGGCCUUCUGCCUGGUCAACAAUAUGAGCCCAAAGGCCUUCCUCGAGGCCUACCUGUCCCCUGGUCCGACCCUGCAGUACGGCUCUGAGCGCUGGAUGGCCGACCAGUGGACUUUAGUGAGCGAGGCGUCCGUCACCAGCGGCAUUAAGCAGGGGACAGAGUUCCUCCUGCGGUGUCUUGACUUUAGCCUCGCGGUCACCGUCAAGGGCAUCCCUUACAUCCGCCUGACUGAGGAAUACAUCGACCCCAAGUCUCACAAGUUUAUACUGCUGCUCCAGUCGGAAACCUCCGUUUAACACACCCACUGUGGACUUACAGGACUGUUACAAAUAUACGACGGAUUUUUUCCAAAAAAAAAAAGCUUUUUGUACUGUUUUUUUAUACCUAUUUUGAUGUUGUUUUGUCACUGACAGUAUCUGAGUGUUUCUUUGUCUUUGUCCUGGGAGACAUGAAGUACAACAAGCUUAAAGUAAAGGACAAAAAGCCGAGAUAAUAUGCUUGGAUUUCUCAGCCCUGACAUUUCCAGAGCACAGUUCAGGUAUUCCUCUAUGCACUACAGACCUUCACUCAGUUUGUUCUUUCUUCUUUCAUUUGCAUGUGCCAGUGGGUGCCUGCUGGGGUUUUUAACUGAAAGACUUCAUGAUUUAGGAAAUGAGUGGUUCAGGAUGUGAUGUACAAGUGUAUUAACACGUUUAAGUUUGUGAGUCUGUGUGUACUGAACAUCCGGGGUCUGUCUCAGCCUGUCUCCUCUUUUUUUUUUUUAAGUGUCAUCUCGUUGACCUAAACAUUUCCCAAAAGCCUUGUUGCAAAGUGAUAAAAACUAAACCCUUUGCACCAAAACUGCCCCUUUUCACUCUUAGCAAGGAUUAUUUAACUCAUUUAUUACAAAUGUAUGUACAGUAUUUAUAUGUGAAUAUACUUUAUCAUUUAAUACUUUUUAUAUCAAAAUGUGCAUUUGCUUGAAUGAUUUUUGCAGCAGUGUAGUUUUUUUUUUUUUUACCUUGUCUGUGUGCGCUGUAUUUGUGGAGAUAACUGGACUGUAAAUAGCAGAAAACUUUGCGUUUUAAUUGUCAGACAAAUCACUGUAAUUCCUCAGACUGAAUGCCAACCACAGGACUGCAGAAUACAGAUGUCAUAGCCAACAAAAACAUCAUUAUGUUUGUACAGUUCAGUGGGGUCAGUGCGCACUGAUCUCCUUUUCAGCCAACAGUGAAAAAGACUGCACAGUUAGGUCAUAUCUGAAGGAGUUUUAGGAUCAGGAGGUUGACUUUUACACAAUGUAAAAUGACAAAACUGUCAACUUUGAGCUGUUUCUUUUUAGAACAUAAACCCCUUGAUUUUUUUUUUUUACUUUAAUUCCUUACAAAUAAGGUCAUGACAUAAACUUAUGCAUAAAACUUCCAGAUGAAUCAGACAAAGCAUAAAAUAAGCAGUUCAGAACAAGUUAUGGCCCACAGUAAUUAAGUGUUGGAAGUUUCACAAAAUGUAAUGAAAUUAUUUAAAUUUUGUUAUUGCGGUGAGGGAGAAUGGAUCUUAUCUUUUUCUUUAUUUUGAUCCACAACUUCUCAUUCACUAUAUGGACAAAAAUAUUGGGACACAACGCAUCUACAUCUUGUAACACUUCCCAUUCCAAUUGACCUGAAUGAUUAAAAAAAUUACAUGUAUAUAUGCAUUUUUCCUAAGUUUAAUGGUUGGUUUCCUGAGUGACAGUUGCAGAAACCAGAUGGUUAGUUGUUGGUUAAAAUGAUUAUUUAUGGUCAGAACAUGAUAAAUAUCCCUCCACAAAUAUUUAGCAGUAGAACAUAAACAUAUUUCAUUAAAAAAAAGAGAAAAUCAGUGUAGAAUAGAAUGAAGUAAAAACAACUAUGAAGCAUUUUGAAAGUGCAGAUGACAAUGUCACCAAAAUUAAUCCUAAGUACAAAAUAAAAAUACUUCUUUCAAUGAUAUUCAUUGCCAUGUAAAGUUAUAUUAUGACACUUAUCAUUACUGUGUUUAAAUCCAUUCUCCUUCCCAAUACAUUUGUUCAUAUAGUAUGACAUUAAGCAAAUAAAACAACACUGAAAUAAUAAUUUUUAUGUCAGUUGAUGUUUAACUAAUAAACUACAAAGAUCCCAGUUUGGAUGUGACUGAAAGGUAUCGACACAGAACUAAAUAUUUGCAGCCAGCAUUUCAUGAAAUAUUUAUGUUGCAAAAAGUGGGCCUAAUCUUUUUUGAUUAGUUCUAAGAGUAUUUGGUUAGAUAUAAAAUACUUCAAAUAAGAGCAGCUUUACUUAAAUCCUGCAAGGAUUCUGUGUCAUGAAAAAAAAUCUGUGUUGUAAAUCAGUUCACUCAAGCCAGCAAAUCUUUAAAUAAGUGUUAAAACUCAGAGGUUAGUGUGAAUUAACUCAACCAUAUGGUCAGUAUUUCUGCAUCAGUAUUUCAUGAAUAUCACUUUGCUGCCCCCUGUCUUUAAAUAUUGGAACAGAGACUUGAUUUGACUAUCACCGCCUGUGUAUCUGUUCUUUUGUCGGUUUAUAUUUACAGCGUUACUAUCGUCAUUGGCAGUGCAGUUUGUUUGGGACUUAAAGAGCGCUGAUGGUUGUAAAUAGUUUUUCUUCUCAGCUACACAUGUGCCUCAGUUAUACAUGUUUAGGAUGUGCUCAGCAUACAUGUGCAUUUUUAACCUUCACUGUGUGUAUGUGUGUGAGAGAGAGACAGAGAUGGGUGGGGAGGGGAGGGGGUCGUAGUGGGAAAAAAGAAAGAAAGUAAGAAAGGGAACAUUUAGAAGAAAAAGUUCAUUUCCCAGUGGUCAUGAAGGCUGUAUGUGGUUUUUUAUUUUAUUUUAUUUUAUACAGUCAAACAUGUAAAAUGAAUGCGUCUGUGUCAUUUGUACAAAAUAAAUAUUUGUAUUGAC